AAUAGUGCAUGCUGGAGGAGAAAACGGUUUCGUGCCCAACGCAAGGUUGAUUUUCAAGUCACAGACAAAGUCAGGUGAUUAUCACGAUGAUAUGAACCAAACCAAUUUUAUGAAGUGGUUGAAAGAGAAACUUGUACCUAAUCUCCCUCCGCAAAGUUUAGUAGUAAUGGAUAACGCGCCGUAUCAUAGCGUCAAAACUAACAAGUCGCCAACAAUGGCAAAUAGUAAAGCGGAACUGAAACAGUGGAUUACCAGUAGGGGACUUGCGUAUUUGCCAAACAUGCUUAAAGUCGAACUUUAUGAAAUCAUUAAAGAGCACAAAGAAGAACCUAUUUAUGGAGUGGAUUCAUACUUAACAUUGCAUGGUCACAAAUCGUUAAGGUUACCGCCUUACCAAUGCGAUCUUAACCCAAUCGAAAUGAUUUGGAGUGUCAUGAAGAAACGGGUGGCCGAAAAAAAUGUGGGGCGAGAAUCAAAAAAUUUUGUUCACCUGACGGAAGAAGCUUUUGAUGGUAUCACACCUGACAUAUGGAAGAAAGAAUGUGAUCACGUCAGACGUAUCGAAGAAAAAUAGUAUGCCAAUGAUUUGAAAUUGGAUAAAGAAAUGGAUAAUUUCAUUAUUGAAGUAAAAGACAGUGAAACUUCUUCAGACAGUGAUUGCGAUAGCAUAAUUUCAGGUGUUAAUCCUAUAGAAAUGGACCAUUCUUAUAAUAAAUAAAUAAAUUCCAUGUUUUCUUACUAACAUAUAAUACUGGCUAAAUUACAUUCAAUAAAAAUCAUUGUUGUUUUA